CCUUUGGAUUCUAUAUAAACGCAAUUCGAUUCCAUGUAUUAACAUACGAUAGAAAGACGCAAUUAAGAAAGAGUGCAAUUUUAUUAAAUUUAGCAAAAGAAUAAACAUAUAAACAUCUCGUUCAUCAAAUCAAAACAUCAAUUUUUCAAAAGAUAUAAUCAUGACAGAUCAACGAUUAGAUUUUAUAAUAUUUGGAGCUACUGGAUUUACAGGAAAAUAUGCUGUAAAAAUAGCAGUACAAUUAGCUGUAGAAAAACAAAUGAAAUUUGGAGUGUCUGGACGCAGGAAGCAAGCUUUAGAAGCAAUUGUUAAAGAAUUUGCUUCUAAUAUUGAUGAUGUGCCUAUAUUUAUUGCUGAUUUGAAAGAUGAAGAAUCACUGAAAAAAAUGACAUCACAUGCAAAAGUCCUUGUUAAUUGUUGUGGCCCAUAUAGAUUGUAUGGAGAACCUAUUAUUAAAGCAUGUAUUGCCACACAUACUCAUCAAGUUGAUGUCAGUGGAGAACCCCAGUAUAUAGAAUAUAUUCAAUUAAAAUAUAAUAAAGCUGCAGAAGAAGCUGGUAUCUAUAUUAUAAGUUCAUGUGGAUUUGAUACUAUACCAUGUGAUCUUGGUAUAAUUUUUACGCAACAAAAAUUUGAUGGUGAAGUCAAUUCUAUUGAAACUUAUUUAAAUUUAUGGUCAACCUCAAAAAUCAAUGGUGCUCCCUUAAAUUAUGGAACAUAUGAAUCAGCUAUUUAUGGUAUAGCACAUUCUCAUGAAUUACGCGAAUUGCGCACUAAACUUUAUCCUGAAAAGUUACCUGAAUUAUGGCCAAGACUUAAAACAAGGGGUUUCAUUCAUAAAUCUUCUCUAUCAGAAGGAUGGUCUAUGAUAUUUCCAGGAGCUGAUCGUUCUGUAACUUUGCGUACUCAACGAUUUUUAUAUGAAAAAUAUAAACAACGACCAGCGCAAAUUCAAACUUAUUUCACACUUAAUUCUCUUUUUGCAGUAUUAAAAACUAUUAUUUUUGGUUUCAUAUUUUUAAUGUUAUCUAAAUACGAAUUUGGUCGUAAUUUGUUAUUGAAGUAUCCUACAUUUUUCUCUGGUGGAUAUAUAGGCUAUGAAAUGGCUAAACCAGAAGAACUUGAUAAAAUUAAGUUCUCCAUUACAUUUAAGGCAGAAGGAUGGACUGAAAAAUUAGUUGAACCUACUGAUAAGCAUAAAGAUCCACCAAACAAGGUAUUAAUUACCAAAGUCAGUGGAACUAAUCCUGCAUAUGGUGCUACAUGCACUAUGUUAUUGCUUUCUGCUAUAACAAUUCUCAAAGAAUCAGAUAAAAUACCUGUAAAUGGAGGAGUUUUAUCUUCUGGUGCUGCUUUUGGUAAAACAUCAUUAAUCGAAGAAUUAAUUAAAAAGGACAUAAAAUUCGAGGUUAUUUCUUCUAUUGAAAAAUAAAAUAUUUGAUGCAUUUACAGGUA